ACCCACCUUAACACACACCUCCUCAGUGCGGUACCAGACAGACUCUCGGCCUCCUCCGAACCAUGGCGAAGGAGACGGUGGCUGUCUUCGUGCUGUGUGUUUACUUGGCUUCGUCGAUCCUUCCAUCUCUUGCCUGUCCCUACUGUCCAACUCCAACCCCUCCUCCUCCUCCUCCCCCUAAGAAAACCCCACCACCACCUCCACCAGCCACAACACCAUGCCCGCCGCCGCCUCCAAAGAAAACCCCGACCCCGCCACCGCCACCUAAGAAAUCACCGAGCCCUCCGCCACCACCGCCGACGUACCCGACUCCAAGCUCUCCGCCGCCGCCAACGUACCCGACACCGAGCCUUCCGCCGCCGACCUCGGUGCCAUGCCCCCCUCCGCCCAAGGCGCCGACGUGCCCCAUCGACACCCUGAAGCUCGACGCGUGCGUGGACCUGCUCGGCGGGCUCGUGCACGUCAUCAUCGGCGGGGACGUGACGUACCAGUGCUGCCCGGUGCUCGAAGGCCUCGCCGACCUCGACGCCGCGCUGUGUCUCUGCACCACCAUCAAGGCCAAGGCCUUGGGCAUAAGCAUCCUUCUUCCCAUCGCGCUUGAGGUGCUGGUGGACUGCGGCAAGCACGUGCCGUCGGACUACCAAUGCCCUGAUCCUUGAUCAAAGCUUGUCAUCGUCGUGUCCUGUGAUGAUGCUUUCUGCAUCAAAACCAGUCUUCGCCAUGUUGUAUUCGUUGCCUUUCUUUGCUGAGCAUAACGUAGUCGACAUAUCUGUCAGACUCUCUACCGCACUCUCAAGUGAUUCUCCUACGCAGGACUUGAAUAAAAUAUCUAUGAAAUCA